CAACCCCACUCCUUUUGUCUGGUCUGAGGAGAGAGAGGGAAGAAAAUGGAGGGAGAAACUCCGGAGCCAUCUCCUCUAAGUGUACCUCUGAUUCAUAUCUCCGAAGAAGAUGAAAAUGGAUUUGACAGAAAUAAGAACAUAACUGAAAAAGGUAUUCAAAGGAAGGAGGUUGUGGAGGAAGUAAAGACGCAGCUAUGGCUAGCAGGGCCACUCAUCAGUGUGGGUAUAUUGCAGUUCUGUAUACAGCUGAUCUCUGUGAUGUUUGUGGGCCAUCUUGGAGAGUUGGCUCUCUCUGGAGCUUCAAUGGCCACCUCCUUCGCUACUGUCACAGGUUUCAGCUUGUUGAUGGGAAUGGCAAGUGCAUUGGACACGUUUUGCGGUCAAUCCUAUGGAGCAAAGCAGUACUGUAUGCUUGGCAUACACAUGCAGAGGGCAAUGUUUAUUCUUCUGCUAGUAAGCAUACCUCUUGCAAUCAUCUCAGCAAACACUAGUGUCAUUCUGAAAACCUUGGGCCAAAAUCCCGAAAUAUCAGAAGAAGCAGGUCUUUAUGCCCGUUACAUGAUUCCGUGCCUUUCUGCUUAUGGACUUCUUCAGUGUCUCAAUAGAUUCUUACAAACCCAAAACAAUGUCUAUCCAAUGAUGCUAAUCUCUGGAGUCACCACUUUACUCCACCUCCUUGUAUGUUGGAUCCUGGUGUUCAAGUCCGGCCUUGGCAGCAGAGGAGCUGCCUUGGCUAAUUCUAUAUCAUAUUGGAUAAAUGUGGUGUUGUUGGCACUCUAUGUCAGAUACUCUUCUUCGUGUUCAGAAACUUGGGCCGGAUUUUCAAAGGAAGCAUUGCAUGAUAUUGUCACUUUCAUCAAACUUGCAAUCCCUUCAGCUGUUAUGGUCUGUUUGGAAAUGUGGUCUUUUGAGAUGAUGGUUCUACUUUCUGGUCUUCUUCCUAAUCCAGAGAUGGAGACCUCAGUGCUUUCAAUCAGCCUUAAUACAGCUGCAACUGUUUGGAUGAUCCCCUCUGGGCUCAGUGCGGCUGUAAGCACUCGGGUCUCAAAUGAAUUGGGGGCUGGACAUCCAAAAACUGCACGAUUGGCAGUUUGUGUCGUCUUAUGCAUGACCAUCACUGAGGGCAUUUUGGUUGGACUAGUUCUAAUAUUGAUCCGUAACAUCUUGGGAUACGCUUACAGCAAUGAAGUGGAAGUCGUGAGAUAUGUAGCAAUAAUGUUGCCAAUUCUAGCAGCAUCAAACUUUAUGGAUGGACUCCAGGCUGUUCUUUCAGGCAGUGUUAGAGGAUGUGGAAAGCAGAAGAUUGGAGCAUUUAUCAAUCUUGGAUCAUAUUAUCUAGUCGGCAUUCCUUGUGCUAUUUUAUUUGGUUUUGUUUUACACAUUGGAGGAAAGGGCCUCUGGCUGGGGAUUAUCUGUGCACUCUUUGUUCAAGUAGUAUCUCUUCUUACCAUCACAAUACGAACUAAUUGGGAACUCGAAGCAAAGAUGGCUCAAGAGAAUGCCUCCAACUCUGCAAUCCCUGUGGAUGCAGUGUCAUGACGCGACAACCACUCAGUGGAGACACUUGACCCUUAAUAAAGGAGGAAGAAUAGUGUUGUUGGGGACCGAAAAUUUUGAAAUGCCUAUGAGUCAUUGUAAUUCAGGAUUGUGGCCCUUCUACAGAGAGCGGUUUACAUGCUCAACUCUUUUACUCACAUUAUACAGUUUUACUUCAAUUCAUAAGUGGCCGUGGUGCCAGUUCAUGUUGAGAAUGGAAGGGGUUGACAGAGGUGGCCUACUUGUAGGUUUAAUAUUAUUAGUGAAG